AUGCGUCGAGAUUUGGAUGCGAACAAUUUGAAUGGUCUGUUGGCUAUUACAAGUCAGACGUUUGCUGUGACAUAUGAUGUGAUCAUGUGUGUAUCGGUUAUAGCGAGCGUAAUUCUGUGUUUCCAGAACCAGAUAAAGUCAUUAAGGAACUACCCGGAGGAGAGUAUGAUAGUGAUUACCGCAUUGCCAUUUUUGAGCGUUUGUACUUGGGAGAUUUGGUGCUUAUUUUAUGGUCAUUCAAUCAAGGCGGAGUUCAGUUUAGGGGGAAAGCAGUCGCAGGAUGGUGCUAUUCAAUAUAAGUUUUGGACUGACUGUUUGACGUUGGUGACAUUGUUUAUGAUGAUAGUAUAUAAUGACUUAUUAAUGAACACACGCACACUUUAUACCAUUUAUGCACACGCGAUUGUGGUUGCAGUGUACGUGUUCAGCCGGGCACUCAUCAUCUUUGUCUUCAAAGACCCAACAACAGACGCCUACAUGCCUAUGGUGGUGUUAACACAAAUACUUCAAAUAAUGUUCUACUGCUGUCUCUGUCUCAUGGCAUACUUCUCGAGGGUACAGAAGGAGAUGAGCGAACGUGCAGCUUACCUGGAUGUACUCAUGGACCAGAUGCGGUUGCAGGAGCUGCGAAAAUCGCAGCAGAAAAAGCGAUCGAAAGCACAAACGCUUCAAGAAAGAGUUAUUGACGGGCUAAAAAAGGCGCAAACCGCACUCCAGGUCGCUGCAUUCGAACGCUCCACUCAGGGAGAGAUCGUCUUGAUUGAGAAAGAUGAAGAGUUACGCCAAGCGGUAGACGUUGCACUAGACGCAGAUGAUUUGUUCGCUGUCGGCGUGGGUGGGGGUGACGACGACGACGACGUGCUGAAUAUCUACAGCAAGAAGAAGAAGGGUGAAACGAGCGGACAAAAGCGGAAGACUGCCGAGGAUAAACUUUCUAUUGCCUUCGACCAACAAGAAUUCUUCACCUCCGAUAUCAUGCCGGACUUCUCCGUCGGUGGCGAGAUCGAACGGAUGGCAGGCACCGCACCAGGAGCAGGCUUCAAGCUAUUGGAACUGUCGGAAAAGGAACCCCAAUUGCUUGUCAAGGUCGCCAUGACUCUCAUCGAACCCGUAGGGGAUGACUUGUCUAUUAAUAGACAAUGUCUCCAAAAAUAUUUCUACCAAAUCCAGCGUCGAUAUCACUCAAACCCCUACCACAACAGCGUGCAUGGUGCCAUGGUUGGCCACAUGUCCAUAGCCAUCUUGAAAUCACUAGGUGUGUACCAGUACUUCGCCAAACAAGACCUUAUGUCCCUUGUCAUUGCCGCCAUCGGUCACGACGUCGGCCACCCCGGAUUGAACAACAGUUACCUUGUUAACAGCCAGAGCCUGCUCACCCGCCUCUAUAACGACAACGCUAUCCUCGAAAAUUACCACUCUUUCCUGGUUUUCAGAUUCGCCCAAAUCGCACCAGAAGUCAACAUCUUCCAAAAUCUGCCCUCGGACGAGUGGAGAGAGAUCCGUCAAAGCAUCAUUGAGUACAUCUUAGUCACGGACAUGAGUCAACAUUUCACCAUCAUCUCAAAAUUCCGUGUGCGUAGAACUUCUGACAAAUUCGACUUAAAACAGAACGUAGAAGAUCAACAAUUCGUUGCCAGACUAGGGAUUAAAAUGGCCGACCUCUCCCACUCCAUAGUCGACUGGCCUCAACAUCUUGAAUGGUCAUUCAGAGUUACAAAGGAAUUUUACCUUCAAGGAGAAAUUGAAAAGGCGAACAAGUUGCCCGUCUCACCUCUUUGCGACUCCGCUACACACCCGGAUUUCGCCAAGUCCCAGGCUGGAUUCCUGCAGUUCGUCGUCACCCCUCUGGCGGCCGAACUGGGAGAAGUUGACGAAACGGGCAUCUUCAAUAACGACCUCAUGAACAAACUAUUGUUCAACAGACACAAAUGGGAACUCCUGAGGGAGAAAAACGAAGAUGUUCCGCUCCCCAGCAGUAUUGAGAGCAUGGCCAUCGCCCCUACGCAGUUUGCCGAAGCGGUUUUGUAUCUCACACUCAAAGCCAAGACUGUUGACGAUCUGAACUCCAAUCCGCUCGUCCAACAGGAAAUCAUCGACCUCCUAUCCGUUGUCCAACAACAAGCAGUCGCAGCCGGCGAGGAGGAAGACGAAGAAUCCGGCUCAGAUGCUGAAAAGAAAUCCGGCUCUGGAAGCGGUAGCAGCAGCAGCAGUUCCGGCGGAUCUUCUUCAGAUGACGAAUCCGGCUCCAGCGCAAGUAGCAAAGGUUCUUCGGGAUCCAGCAGCAGCAGCGGCGGCGGCUCAGGGAGCGGCAGCGGCAGUGGCAGCUCCGGAUCGUCUAGUUCAGGCUCAUCUUCGGAUUAA